AACAAGUUGGUGUGUGUGUUCUAACAGCCUUUCCUAUAGUUGGCCAAAAUUUACACAAAGGGAUCAAAUUCCAAAGCUCCCUUUAACCGUCAACCACCAACAGCAACUCCAUCCUUCACGCCAAAAAAUAUUAUUACAAUUACCUAUAUACACACACACACACACAUAUUUUUUAACUUCUUUAUUUCAAUUCUGCAAUUUCCAUUCAAAACUCCCAGAAACAGAGAGAAGAGAGAGAGAGAGGAUAUUUGAAGAGAGAGAAAGAAGAGUAUCUGUGUGGGUGGAGGAAGAAUGUGUAGGGCUGCAAUGUCUUCUUUCACCCAAUUUUAGAUACCCUUCAUCUUCUCCACUUCUUUUUUCUUCUUGAUUUUUUUCAAGAUUCACACUCUGAUUUCACCUCUCAACAGAUCUGCACAAACCCAGAAUAACUCUUGUCCUAAUUAUAUCAAAAUUUUGUCCCUUUUUCUCUGAUUCUCUUUUUUCCAGUAAAGAUUGGAUUUUUACUAGUUUAUUUCAUGUUAAUUUCUUGAUACUGUAAUCUUUUUCAAUUUUGGACGAGGCCCACAAUUUGUGUUAGGUGGGCUUCGUCUCAGUGCAGCACAUAAUUUUUCAAGAUCCCUUUUUUUCCUCUUUUUUCAUAGGAAAUAAGGUUGAGAAGAAAAUAAUUUAUUUAAUUUUUUUACUAUGCUCAUUGCUUGUUCACUAUUGGUGGUGGUGGCCUAACUUUUUUUGCCCCCUUCCCCACCCCCCCUUUAAUAUUAUCCCCCCAAAAGAUUUUUAUAUAUAUAUGUUUGUGACUGGUUUCUAGACCCUCUAGCCAAAUGCUUUUCUUCUUGAUCACUUGCUGUUUCUCCUUCAUCUUCUUCCACAAGUCUCUUUCCAUAAAACCCCUCCCUUCAUGGGCGCGUGAGGUGAGAUUGCUCUCCCUCCGGUUUUGGAAAGACUUGCCAUUUUCCCCCAUCACCAAAUCCAUAAGAAACACUAUCGUGGGUGUAGUUUCUUCACUUUUCAAACCAAUGAUGGUGAUGUCACCUAGGAAGAAGAGCUUCAAUUCCACAUUGGGCGGUGUCGAGACGCCGCCGACGGCGACAGCAUCGUCGGACGUGUCUGUGUUGGAUUUGCCCGACCUCGUACUCGAGUGCAUUCUCGAGAAGCUUCCGCCGAAUGGGCUCUGCAAAAUGGCUAGUGUGUGCACCUCUAUGAGAGAUAUGUGCAUGAGUGAUCACUUGUGGGAAAAGCACAUGAGGAGCAAAUGGGCGAGAAUUGUGGGGCCCGCUGCGUAUAGGGAGUGGCAGUGGCAUGUUCUUUCGAGUAAAGGUUCGAUCUUUUUCGAUAAUGGUCAAGGCAAGCAAAACGGCCUAAUGGGCUAUAUCGCUCGCCUAUGGCCGGUCGUGUUGUUUAGGUCUAGUUUUAGUGGUAUUAGCAAUAAGAAGAACUUUCCUCCGUUGGAUUCGAUCAUGUCUUGGUAUUUUGCUCUCGAGUCUGGCAAGUUUUGGUUCCCUGCUCAGGUUUAUAACCGAGAGAAUGGUCAUGUUGGAUUUAUGUUGUCUUGCUAUGAUGCUGAACUUAGCUAUGAUCUGCAAACCGACACUUUUAAGGCCAGAUAUCCGCCACAUGGAAGAAGAAUAAGUGCAACGGAGACGGGUGUAACAUGGGAUAGACUUAGAGCACCCCCUAUUGAUACUUCUCCGCACGAUCUUCACACCUCCGAUUGUUUAAAUGAGUUGCAACCUGGUGACCACAUUGAAAUUCAAUGGCGAAGAAACAAAGAAUUUCCAUAUGGUUGGUGGUAUGGUGUUGUAGGCCAUUUGGAAACAUGUGACGGGAAUCCCAAUUACUGCCGAUGUCACGAAUGUGAUACUUUGGUCCUGGAGUUCAACCAGUACACACGUGGCUCCCGAUGGAGAACAACGAGCGUUAGUAGGAAAGACCAUAGGGAAGAGGGAAACGAGUCCGAUGGAUUUUAUGGGGGGAUACGAAAAAUAUAUAGCAACGAAGAAAUUUCGACGUGGAAAAAGCUCUGGCCUUGUGAAGUACUGGAGUAGUAGGUCAUAAAUUUGUUAGGGAAACAAAAAAAUUGUUUCUUUCUCAGCUACAAAAAACAUUUAUAAAAAGGUUGUGGCAAAAAUGUAAAAAAAAAAAUUGCCUCCAUUUACAUUUUUUGUUAAUAUAAAUCUUCAACAAAGAAAUUUUGUCCACCUUAAUUUCUGAACAAAAAGAUCACAUUUUUAUGCAAAUAUAAAUAUUUUUAAGUACAUUUCA